AUGGAUAAUGAAUAUUUGCAAAAAAUAAAUGGAAAAGAAAAUUGCGGGAAAGAUAAAGGGUCAUUUGUUUUAAAUGAUGAGUUAGAUGAUGCAAAUUGGAAAUUUUCUCAUAUUCUUUCAGAACCUGGACCAUCGCACAUUAAGCAAAGUAAAGAUGAAAUAUUAAAUACAUCAAAAGAAUCAUUGUAUGAAAGAGUUAAAAGAAGAACACGAAAUGUUGCACCUAAGUAUGUAGAGGAAUGUAUUGAAAAUAGUAAAAAUAAUAGUACAAAUACAUUAAAAAAGAAGAAAACAGUGGAUUAUAUUUCAAUGACAGAUAAUAAUAUAAAUGCAAAAAAGACAUGUAAGCGGUUUAAAAGUAACAUAAUAGAAGAAACUCAAAAUGAGGAGGUAAUUAAAAAUAAACGUGUAUGUAAAAAAAGAUCUCCAUCAAUUUGUAUUACUAAAAAAACAAUUGCUAAUAAUACACAAAUAGCGGGAGAAUUAAGUAUGAAAGAGAAAGAACUAAGUAAAAAAGAAACAACCAAAAAAGAAAUACCUAGAAAAAUAACUAAAUCUAAUGAAACGAAGCAAACAACAGAUGCUAAUCAAAUAAAAGAAAGUGGAAGAGAAAAUUCAAUUCUCCAAGAGCAUCAAUAUAAUGAUAUUAAUGUAGAAAAUAUAAUUACUGGUAAAAGAAGACGCAAAACAGUCCAGACAUAUGAUAUAAAUGUUUUAACAACAUAUCAAGAUGCUGUCAAAAAAGAAACUGUUUCACAAAAAAAAGUAAAUCAAGGACAAAAAAAAUUUCAUGGUUAUAUAGAUAGUUUGUUAAAGAAAAACAUAAUUGAUUCAGAAAUGGCUGAAGAAUUUAAAAAAUUAUGUAUAAAAAAAAUUAAAGUGCCUAGAGAACCGGGAUAUAUUAAUGAUUGUACUGUAAAAGAAGAUGAAAAAGGUGGUAUACCACCAUGUGUUGUAUGUAAUGAGAUAUCAGAUGUUGUCCUCAGAUGUCGCUGGUGUAGAGAUGCUUAUCAUUGGGUAUGUUAUCCUAUAAGAUUAUUCAAAUAUACUUUUCCUAAACGUCCUUGGAGAUGUAUUAAUUGUCAUUUAAAAAAUAUAACAAAGGAAGAAAUUAGCGAUAUUAAAAAAUCAUUAAGAACAGAAAGAUGUCUUGCAAGAAAAACAGGUGAUACAAAGAAACUAAGCUUUUUUGAAAAACUUAAUAAUAAUAUUAAUGUUUAUGAUAAGUUACAUAAAAAACCUAGUAAUAUAAAAAUGAAAUAUUAUAAUUUACUUGUAAAUGUUAUCGAUAAACCACCAUGUGAUUUUGAUGAUGACUCAUUUAGUGAUUCAUCUGAUGAUGAUAUAUGGUAUAGAAAUUCAUUAUACCCAAAUGGGUUGUUUGGAUCAUUAAGAAAUUGUUGUUAUCUCUGUUUAAAGCCAGAAACUGAAGUCAAACAUAUAAUGAAAUGUACUUUUUGCAGUGGACAAUAUCAUUGUGAUUGUUUAACACCACCAUUCUGUUAUACACCAUUAGAUGAUUUUAAUUGUGGCUAUCAUAUCAAUGAACCUAAAAAAGAACCUAAUUUAUUGUCAUAUAGUAGGGUUCUCGAUGCAAUUAAUAAAUAUAAUGAUGGCGGUUUUAAAAGCAAUAUUGAAUUUGAGUUAGAAUUUAGGAAUGCUGUUAAACAAAUAGAACGUGAGGAAAAGCCUAGAGUUUUAAAAAGACCAAAAAAUUUUUGUCGCAAUGUACCAAUAGAGGUCGAACGUUAUUAUACAUCCCAAUUUGCCAAACUUUUACAACAUUUUGAAUUAAAAGAUACAAAAAUUCGCAAUAUUCUUAAACAAAAAUUAGAGGAUGAUGUUUAUGAUAUUUAUAAUCAGUAUGAGCAAUUAUAUUUUGCUGAUGACAUAGAGAAAGAUAAUGAUGAAUUGAAAAAACAAUUUGCAUUAACAAAUAUUGUUUUAAAAUAUGUACUUAAAGUUUCAUUGAAAGCAUUUAUUAUAAGAAAUAAAGACUCCAAAAUAGAUGUCAAAAUUAACAGAUUUCCAUAUAAUAAUUGUUGUGAAAUAAAGGAUCGUAUGGUUGAUAUAAAAUAUAUUCCAACAUUGGGAAAAUAUGAACUUUUUGUUUUAGGAAGAUAUCCAGUAUUUGUUAAUGGUAUAUUAAUUGGCAAAGAUCGUCUUUCAUCAACUUCUAAUGGCAAUUGUGGAUGUCAAAAAUAUUUUAAACUUAAAGAUGUUAGCAAAGCAUUUAUGCCAAGUGUAUUCCUUAAAAGUGGUGACAUAAUUCGUAUUGGAUGUUGUGUUAUCUUAUUCGGUCAUGCUUAA